AUGUCUUUGCAGAAUGCUUCAAUCAACAUAACAGAAUUUAUAAUAGGAGGUUUUGACACAACCAAAAGACCUAUUAUAGUUGGUGUGGUUAUAUUGAUUAUCUAUGUUCUAGCUGUUUUAGCCAACAUACUUAACAUCCUCUUCAUUAUUUAUGACAAGAGAUUGCACAAACCAAUGUAUCUUCUGAUUUGCAACCUUGCUGUUGUUGAUAUAUUGUACAACUGCAGCUGUCCAACAAUGAUUGGGGUUUUAGUUGCUGGGGUUAAUACUAUAUCUUAUGUGCCGUGCUUAAUUCAAAUGUUUGUUUACCACUUGGGAGCGGUAAUGGAGAUGUUUGCUUUAUCGGUUAUGGCAUUUGAUCGAUUGAUUGCUUUCAGCUAUCCCUUUCAUUACCACAGUUAUUUAACAAAUGUGCGCACUCUAGUCCUUACUUGUAUCCUGUGGAUUGUGGCCUGUAGUUUUGUGGCUGUACUGCCUGCAACUCUGCUUCCUCUCCCUCACUGUGACUCAAAGCUGAAAUACACAUUCUGUGAGUUAGGCGUGAUAUUAACUCUUGAGGCUCGCCAUGGUUUAACGAUCGGUUCCAUCAUUGCUCACCCUCUUUUGAAUCCUUUGGUGUAUUGUCUUAGGACAAAAGAAAUGAAAUGUAAGAUCUUUAGGAUAUUCAAAAAAGUUGAGACAUCUCAGUAG